AUGGUUGGUAGAAAUGAUCGUGCGAUUGCUGAUGCUCUUCAAGCAUUAGCACAAGCUAUGAAUAAUAACAAUAGGGUUGAGUGGGAAGGAGCACUUCGGAUGAUGAUUGAUGGAGGGGUGCAUUUGAAUUGGGACAACUUCAAGAAGGUUUUUCUUGAGAAAUAUUUCCCGGAUGAUGUGAGGAGUCGGAAAGAAAUGGAAUUCCUUGAACUGAAUCAAGGGAAUGACUCAGUGGCAGAGUAUGCUGCCAAAUUUGAUGCUUUAGAGAUAUAUCACUUUCCCACUCUGGUCAAUAAGUGCAACAUUUAUGAUUGUGACAACCGUGCUCGUGUUGCUUUCUAUAAAGGAGUUGGAGGUCCUAUCCGUGCUAUGAGUUCUAGUACUUCGGGUAGGAGUAAGCCUUACUCCGCUUCUAAUAGAUUUCAAGGGAGUAGAGUUGCUGCUAAUAAAAGUAAGUCAUUUACUAGAGGAUCCAUUGUUAGUGCUACUGGAAGUGUUGGAGGGUCUGUGUCCACUCCUUCAGCAAGAUGUGGGAAGUGUGGACGUGUUGGUCACUAG